UCUGAAGGAGGCAACGGGAACGCAGCGUGGGGCUGAGACAGCACGAGACGCGAGCGGAGGGUGGUGGAUUUUUGUUCUUUCUUUUUCCGCGCGUUUGUUUUCAAUGCGCGUUUGUUUUACAUCGUGCAGAUAACGAGACGGUGCCGUGCGAGUGGCACACGCGCCCGAGACGAGGAGGGCUGGAGUUGUGAGUAGUUUUAGUCGGGUUGCAUGAAUUAGCGCAGGCUGUUCAAGUGAGACGGGGGGGUGUGGGGUGGGAGGACCUUUUUGGAGGUCGUACGCGAAACGUCUCAGUCCCGUAACGCGGCACAUCUUGUGAGCGACGUGGGACAAGCGACAACAAACAAACAAAAAACGCCAAAACCAGACACGAUGAUGUGUUCGCGAUAAAACGUAUCGGCAGUGGGGCUGUUCAAAUCGAAUACGCGUGUGUGUGUGUUUUAGUUGGGGCAAUUCAGCCAGCAGCAGCAGGGGCACCAUUUGGUCCCGGAGUCAACUGGAGUUGAUUUUCUUUAAAGGAGGGGGGCAAAGACGGAGGGGAGAGACGUCGGCGACUUGAGAAACGCGAGUCAACACCGGCAGCGACAAACACAACACAGACGCGUAAAUGUUUUGGUUUCCAGCCACACGGGAGUCGCUGGCGCGGCGGGAGGGUGCUCGCUUCGUGUCGCCUCUGCUGUUUGCUCGGGGAGGGUCCUUGUCGACCACUGGGAUCCCAGACCCCACAGACGAAUAGGAGAGAGAGAGGGAGAAGAGAACGAGCUCCCCCCCACAACCUCAGUUGCCAGCGGUGGCGGCAGCGACUGCAGUGCAACCACGGGAUCGGCGUUCAUGUUGCGUUGCAUAUCGUGCUGUGUCUAGAACAACAGCACAAGUUUGAAAAGCCCACGCGUUGAGACUUCCACACAUCGGCAGCUCUUGAUUGAAGCCACCAAGUUUGCUUCUUGAACCUACGAGAGCCUCCUCGACCGAGUCUACAAGCGGCCUCUUGAUUGAACCUAACAACCUGGAGGAGAAGAACCUGAAGAACCUGCAGAACCUGUAGGAGAAGAACCAGUAGGAUCUGCGAACCCAGCGAGUUCUUUGACCACGCUCUUUGAGAUGAUUGCGCGUGUUAUCUUGCAAGCCAUUGCGCUGGGCCACGUGCUCGCAGCGUUCGAACUCCUGGAUGGCCGCCACCCUCCACCGCCUGGCAGGGCGCAAGGCGAGGAGGCACAAGCGGGCCCGGCGUGCGGGGGCGAGCUGGUGGUGCAGGGACCCGGCUACCUGGCCUCCACCGGUUUCCCCGAGGACUACCCGCCCAUGCAGCGCUGCGAGUGGCUGCUGCGGGCAGCCGGGCCCGGCCAGCGCCUCGCCCUGGCGUUCAACCCGCACUUCGACAUCGAGAAGCACGACUGCAGGUUUGACUACGUGGAGGUUCGGGACGGCGAGGGAGACGCGGCCGAAGCGAUGGGCCGCUUCUGCGGCAGCGUGGCGCCCGCGCCCAUUGUGUCGUCGGGGCCGACCCUGCUCAUCCGCUUCGUCUCGGACUACACCAACCAGGGCGCCGGAUUCUCCCUGCGCUACGAGAUACACAAGUCGGGCUCGGACGCGUGCUCGCGCAACCUGUCGGGCCCCGCGGGCGUCGUGUCGUCUCCCGGCUUCCCGGACAAGUACCCGCCGUUCCUGGCGUGCACCUACGUGAUCCGCGCAGCUCGGGGCGGCGUGGAACUGUCGCUCCGCUUCACGCACUUCCACCUGGAGGGCGCGACGAGGGCCCCGGGGGCCGUGGAGCCCGCGUUGGCGUGCCAGUACGACCGGCUCGAGGUGUGGGACGGCCUGCCGCACGUGGGGCUGCUGGUGGGGCGCUUCUGUGGGACGCGCUCCCCGGGGCUCGUGCGCUCCUCCACGGGGAUCCUCUCGCUCUCCUUCUACACGGACGCCGAGGUGGCGCGCGACGGCUUCUCCGCCUCCUACACCACCUCCCGCCGCAACGUCACCCGCCAGGGCCGCCACGGGGAGGAGGCGUGCAUGCGGCCGCUGGGCAUGGAGUCUGGCGAGAUCCUCGACGAGCAGAUUUCGGCGUCGCCGGGUUUCUACGGGGAGCGGUGGCGCGCCGAGCAAACGCGGCUGCACCACGCCGGUGCCGCGUGCUUCCACGCCCCCACGGAAUCCGCGCGAGAGUGGCUCCAGGUCGACCUGCGCUUCGUGCGUCUGCUCGGUGCGGUGGCCACGCAGGGAGCGCUGGCGUCCAACUCGACGGGCGCGCCGUGCUUCGUCACGGCCUUCCGGCUCGAGUACAGCACCUCGGGGAGCGACUGGACCGUCUACCGUGACGUCGAGAAGAACAAGGUGAUUCAGGGUAACCGCGACGAUGGUGGCGUGGCCCUGCACCGCUUUGCGGAGGCCGUAGUGGCGCGGUACGUGCGCGUUAAGCCCGUGCGGUGGCGUGGCGGCCUGGGUCUGCGGCUGGAGCUCUACGGCUGUCACAUCUCCGACGCGCCGUGCUCCGAGAUGCUGGGUCUGGUGUCGGGCGAGAUCGGGGACCGGCAGCUCUCGGCCUCGUCGAGUCGCGACGUGCGCUGGGGGGCCCCGGCCGCUCGGCUGCUGAGCGCGCGAUCCGGGUGGGUGCCCGCCAACGUCCAGGCGGGUGGGCAGUGGCUCCAGGUGGACCUGGGGACGACUCGCCAGGUGAGUGGCCUGCUGCUGCAGGGCGCCAAGAUCGGGCCCACGAAGCGACGGCGGCCCCCGCUGCGGCUGCCGCUGGAGACCGAGAGGAAAGUGUUUGUGCGCAGCUUCCGCCUCCAGCUCAGCCUCGACGGGGAGAGCUGGGUCGGCGUGCAGGACCCGGCGGGCGCCGACAAGAUCUUCCCAGGGAAUUCCAAUGCCGACAAGCCGGAGCUUCGCCGAAUAAAUGCCACGCUGGCCCGCUUCCUCCGCCUCUUACCCGAGAAGUGGUCGACCAACGGAAUCGGCGUUCGGCUCGAGGUCCUGGGGUGCGACGCUCCCGGCACCACUUCCAGUGCAAUGGAGACAGACGACACGGAGGGGGAUGAUGACGAAGAGCAGGGCCGCACAAUUACCGUCACCGGGCAGCGUUUGGGGCCGGGCAGCGGUGACGGCAGCUGGCGCGACACCGCAGCCGCGCGUUCCCCACCGCCGUGGAGCCUUUCUCACGUCGCAACGACCCCGCGCGCGCCCGCGGGUCGCGGUGCGACGGGGGACUCCGACGCCGGUGACCCCGGCAGCAGGGGCGGCAAGAACGCCGGUAGCAGCGGCGGCGGCCCUGCCGGCUUCGACCGUGCAGCCGGGCCAACCGGCUCCGAGUCAAACUCCCCCGACCCCACCGCGCAGGACGGGGCAGAUGUUCUGGAGAACGGAGAGAAUAACUCCGACUCGCAGGGCAAGGAGAAGGACUCUGAGCAGGCGCUCCGCAGCCUCGACUGGUUUCUGAUCCCCGUGAUCGCGCUGAGUGGCACGGGCGUGGCGCUCGGUGCCAUAUUCGCGACGGCGCUGCUCUGCCGCUCGCGUCGUAACUGCUGCCCCUUCUGCUGCGGAGGCGGCUGCUGCUGCGGACGAGCACGGGGGCACCCGGCCCAGACGGGGGCCGCCUCGUCCAACGGCAGAGCCAGCGGGCGCUGUCGCCCCAACCAGUACGUCGUGCACAAGAGCAGCGUCGUGUCACGGACUGCCUCCUCGGCCUCCUCCUCCAUCGUGUGAAGGCGCGCCGCCCGCACCCGCGAGUCACGGAGGGGCAUGGCCUACGGGGGACGGGGCCCGUCGUCGCAGCGUUACCCUUGGACUCGCGCACGUCGUGGAUCUCCGCAUUGCAGCGGUCCGCGUGAGAUGCCCGUUAAUUUAACUGUCAAACGCGUUGAAGACGAAGAGCAUGACUGGCAGCAACUGAACUUGAACUGAAUGGGAAAGGAACGUUGAAGCUUUAUCUCGUCACACCAUGCAACUUCCAUGCUGUUUGCGUGGGUAAUGGAAACGCGACAAAGACACGUUUCACGUGGAAGAACUUCAAAGCAGGAUCUACUUGCAGUUUUAGUAGCAGCGUGAAACGUACGCGCAGGGGUUUUAAGCCCACUCAUCUUCCUUUGAGAUAUUUCUCUGCCUCUUGUGCUGAUAUCAAAUGACUUGAACCCCACUGCCUGCCCGAGGCUAAUGAAAAUAGAGGAAUCACUUCAUGUAAGGGGGACUCGAUCAGAUCAACACACUGCCACUGGCCACAUCACACAAAAGCAUAUUUUACACAAAUGUGUAGUUUUGCCAGUGCAGCAUUUGUAUUGGAAUAUUUAAACACGAAGGGAAUAAAUUAAAUAAUGUUACAGUUCCAUUGCUGUGCAACAAUGGAGUGAAAUUUGAGGGCAAGUGUGAACGAAGCAUCCUAAAUCAAGAGCUUGUCGGAGGAUGCCUGCAGAAGAGGCACACUUGCAGUCUUAAUCUUCUGCCAGCAACACCUGAGGCACCGCAGUGUCGAUAGACGCGGUCAGGUUUCCGGGACCUCACAUGCCAGCGGGUUCAGUGCUGAGAAUUGGAGUUUCUGGGGCGGGUGGCCCCUUGAGAGACGGUGAACUGCACUCCAUCUCACACUCUGGAUGUCUCCCGAAAAGCUCGUGAGCCAAAACCAAAAAACUCUCUCGGCAGCAGCACGAGAGUUUUCUUUCCGCCGUGGAAACUUUUCCUGCUUUCCUGCCCGAGUCUGUGCGUGCGAGCGAGCGGCUUUCGAGCAGCAAAUGCAUAUUUCAUUUGACACAGCGGCAAGCGUCUCCAUCCAGCACGCCUCCACCUGUUAUUAUUUGCUUCUGCUCCGGCUUGCUCCUGCUGAGUCGCGUGAUCAAGCCAGCCACACGGGCUAGAGGCUUAGUACCACAGUGAGGGUCCUGCCCGUCAAGCGUCUGCAGAGGCAAAGCGCGGUGGUGUGGAGUUUAAUGAGCAGAGUAUGCGUCAACAUUUAUUUCUCCAUGAAGAUUGUCGAAGUUCACAAGGCAUGCAUCUCUGCCACAGAGCCAAUUCAGGAUCUGCUUUGUAAAAUUGGUCGGAAUGCAUCUUUUUUAAUAUACCACAUUUUUAGGGCUGUUUGGUUUGUUUGAAUGUUCUGUCCAAAUAAAGCAGCACACUUUUGUGUCACACCAACAAAAUACAAUCCAUUCCACCCUUUCCAAGCCCCCAGCCAAUUUCAUAAAUGUUCCAGUACUCCACUGAGCAUCACGGUUUUCAACAUUGCUUAAAUUCUCCGCUUAACAAAUGAACAACUCUGCACAUUGCAAGCAGGGUAAUGAGCUGUGUUUUCUUGCCAGUGACGUGAGUCAAAUCGCCAAUCUUUCCUUUUGUUUUGUUUAAAAUGCACUUUUUGAAUGUUCUUUUUUUUCAGGAUUUUGAAAAUCCACACGAAAAAACUGACCCGCUAGUGAUUGGUGAUCAUACAACCCAAGUGCAAAAAUAUAUCCCGAAUUAUUACUUAAAACGUAUGGUCAUAGUGGCAGUUUUUGUAUAAUAAUGAUAUUUUUUAAACCGUUUUUGUUAUGUGCAUUGAUAUUUUUAAUAAAGUUGGCUGGGACAGCG